AUGGCGAGGCGGAAGGCGGCGGCGGCGGGCUCGGGGGCGGUGGCGACGGAGGCGGUGGGCUGGGCGGAGGCGGCGAGGGCGGUGGUGGAGACGGAGGCGGGCUCGGAGGCGGCGGGCUCGGUGGUGGGGGUGAGGGCGGUGGUGGGCUUGGGGGAGGCGGCGACGGCGGCGGCGAGGGCGGCGGCGGCGACGGUGGCGGGGGGCUGGGAGGCGGUGGCGAUGGCGGCGGCGGGCUCGGGGGGGGUGGGCUCGGGGGCGGUGGACUCGGAGGCGGUGGCGAGGGCGGUGGAGGCGAGGGAGGUGGCGGGCUGGGCGGGGGUGGGCUCGGAGGCGGCGGCGACGGGGGCGGCGGCGAUGGCGGCGGCGGGCUGGGCGGCGGAGGCGACGGGGGUGGCGGGCUUGGAGGCGGCGGCGACGGUGGCGGCGGGCUGGGCGGCGGCGGGGAGGGCGGAGGCGGACUUGGAGGCGGAGGGCUCGGAGGCGGCGGCGAGGGCGGCGGCGGCGAGGGUGGUGGUGGGGAUGGCGGCGGAGGGCUGGGCGGCGGCGGCGAGGGAGGAGGCGGACUUGGCGGUGGCGGCGACGGAGGGGGUGGUGAGGGCGGCGGAGGAGAAGGCGGAGGCGGGCUUGGAGGCGGCGGCGAGGGCGGCGGCGAGGGCGGCGGCGGCGAGGGCGGCGGCGGCGAGGGAGGGGGCGGCGAGGGAGGCGGAGGGCUGGGUGGCGGCGAGGGCGGAGGGGGCGAGGGCGGCGGUGGCGAGGGCGGCGGCGGGCUUGGCGGAGGCGGCGAGGGCGGCGGCGAGGGCGGCGGCGGGCUCGGGGGCGGUGGCGACGGAGGCGGCGGGCUGGGCGGAGGCGGCGAGGGCGGUGGUGGAGACGGAGGCGGGCUCGGAGGCGGCGGGCUCGGUGGUGGGGGUGAGGGCGGUGGUGGGCUUGGGGGAGGCGGCGACGGCGGCGGCGAGGGCGGCGGCGGCGACGGUGGCGGGGGGCUGGGAGGCGGUGGCGAUGGCGGCGGCGGGCUCGGGGGGGGUGGGCUCGGGGGCGGUGGACUCGGAGGCGGUGGCGAGGGCGGUGGAGGCGAGGGAGGUGGCGGGCUGGGCGGGGGUGGGCUCGGAGGCGGCGGCGACGGGGGCGGCGGCGAUGGCGGCGGCGGGCUGGGCGGCGGAGGCGACGGGGGUGGCGGGCUUGGAGGCGGCGGCGACGGUGGCGGCGGGCUGGGCGGCGGCGGGGAGGGCGGAGGCGGACUUGGAGGCGGAGGGCUCGGAGGCGGCGGCGAGGGCGGCGGCGGCGAGGGUGGUGGUGGUGAUGGCGGCGGAGGGCUGGGCGGCGGCGGCGAGGGAGGAGGCGGACUUGGCGGCGGCGGCGACGGAGGGGGUGGUGAGGGCGGCGGAGGAGAAGGCGGAGGCGGGCUUGGAGGCGGCGGCGAGGGCGGCGGCGAGGGCGGCGGCGGCGAGGGAGGCGGAGGGCUGGGUGGCGGCGAGGGCGGAGGGGGCGAGGGCGGCGGUGGCGAGGGCGGCGGCGGGCUUGGCGGAGGCGGCGAGGGCGGCGGCGAGGGCGGCGGCGAGGGCGGCGGCGGGCUCGGGGGCGGUGGCGACGGUGGCGGUGGGCUGGGCGGAGGCGGCGAGGGCGGUGGUGGAGACGGAGGCGGCCUCGGAGGCGGCGGCCUCGGUGGUGGGGGUGGCGGCGGUGGUGGCCUUGGCGGAGGCGGCGACGGCGGCGGCGAGGGCGGCGGCGGCGACGGUGGCGGCGGGCUGGGAGGCGGUGGCGAUGGCGGCGGCGGGCUCGGGGGGGGUGGGCUCGGGGGCGGUGGACUCGGAGGCGGUGGCGAGGGCGGUGGAGGCGAGGGAGGUGGCGGGCUGGGCGGGGGUGGGCUCGGAGGCGGCGGCGACGGGGGCGGCGGCGAUGGCGGCGGCGGGCUGGGCGGCGGAGGCGACGGGGGUGGCGGGCUUGGAGGCGGCGGCGACGGUGGCGGCGGGCUGGGCGGCGGCGGGGAGGGCGGAGGCGGACUUGGAGGCGGAGGGCUCGGAGGCGGCGGCGAGGGCGGCGGCGGCGAGGGUGGUGGUGGUGAUGGCGGCGGAGGGCUGGGCGGCGGCGGCGAGGGAGGAGGCGGACUUGGCGGCGGCGGCGACGGAGGGGGUGGUGAGGGCGGCGGAGGAGAAGGCGGAGGCGGGCUUGGAGGCGGCGGCGAGGGCGGCGGCGAGGGCGGCGGCGGCGAGGGCGGCGGCGGCGAGGGAGGGGGCGGCGAGGGAGGCGGAGGGCUGGGUGGCGGCGAGGGCGGAGGGGGCGAGGGCGGCGGUGGCGAGGGCGGAGGCGGGCUUGGCGGAGGCGGCGAGGGCGGCGGCGAGGGCGGCGGCGGGCUCGGGGGCGGUGGCGACGGAGGCGGCGGCGAGGGCGGGGGAGGCGAGGGCGGUGGUGGAGACGGAGGCGGGCUCGGAGGCGGCGGGCUCGGUGGUGGGGGUGAGGGCGGUGGUGGGCUUGGGGGAGGCGGCGACGGCGGCGGCGAGGGCGGCGGCGGCGACGGUGGCGGGGGGCUGGGAGGCGGUGGCGAUGGCGGCGGCGGGCUCGGGGGGGGUGGGCUCGGGGGCGGUGGACUCGGAGGCGGUGGCGAGGGCGGUGGAGGCGAGGGAGGUGGCGGGCUGGCCCGGGGUGGGCUCGGAGGCGGCGGCGACGGGGGCGGCGGCGAUGGCGGCGGCGGGCUGGGCGGCGGAGGCGACGGGGGUGGCGGGCUUGGAGGCGGCGGCGACGGUGGCGGCGGGCUGGGCGGCGGCGGGGAGGGCGGAGGCGGACUUGGAGGCGGAGGGCUCGGAGGCGGCGGCGAGGGCGGCGGCGGCGAGGGUGGUGGUGGUGAUGGCGGCGGAGGGCUGGGCGGCGGCGGCGAGGGAGGAGGCCGACUUGGCGGUGGCGGCGACGGAGGGGGUGGUGAGGGCGGCGGAGGAGAAGGCGGAGGCGGGCUUGGAGGCGGCGGCGAGGGCGGCGGCGAGGGCGGUGGCGGCCAGGGCGGCGGCGGCGAGGCAGGGGGCGGCGAGGGAGGCGGAGGGCUGGGUGGCGGCGAGGGCGGAGGGGGCGAGGGCGGCGGUGGCGAGGGCGGCGGCGGGCUUGGCGGAGGCGGCGAGGGCGGCGGCGAGGGCGGCGGCGGGCUCGGGGGCGGUGGCGACGGAGGCGGUGGGCUGGGCGGAGGCGGCGAGGGCGGUGGCGAUGGAGGCGGGCUCGGAGGCGGUGGGGAGGGCGGCGGCGAGGGCGGCGGCGGCGAUGGCGGCGGCGGAGAUGGUGGGGGUGAUGGUGGCAUAG